AUGGCCGCGUUCCCACUUUUCUCCCUCUCCCAUAUUCCCCUGAAGUGCGUGUUCGAUCAGCUCGAUCACACCACCAUGUAAGUUCCUCUUUCACUCAUUUUCGCUCAGUUCUAGUGUUCUGUUUGCAGACUCGAGAUUGCGAAAGGCUCGAAAACGGCCAAAAGAUGUGUAAAACGUCUCGAGAUGCCCGUCAAACUCUGCUGCGUGUUUAUGGACAUCAACACACGGAUGAGCGUCGCGACUGCAGGCCAAGAAGCGCGGGUUUAUUAUGAUAACCCGGACUGCAGUUGGAGCCCCAAUGAAGUUAGGUGGACAUAUAAGCAAAUGGAGGAAUUGGCGCGAAGAUUGGUGGAGUGUUUCGAAGUGGAGUGCCAUGUCACAAUCGAUUCUUUAUUGGACUGUGUCAAAAGCAUCAAGGACCUUUUCGUGUGGAAACACGGAAUCGACUGUCCAUAUAUCGAAGUGCACGAUGCACUGAUGACGGAUGCGGAAUUCGAGUUCCUAUUCGACUACUCGGCGGCGACGCAUGAUCUUCGACCAAUUGGAAGGCAUCUCGUUUUCGAUCGAUUGGGAAGUUGAAGCGCUUCGAUAGACUGUUGGAACGAGUCGAGAUGAUAUACAAAGGGAAGAAUCGUCUGGACUGUCUGCGGUGAGUCUCGAUAAAACGUUGGCCAACCUAAUAAGAGUUGUUUUCAGCAAUGCGCACCGGCGUUCGCUUCAAAGACGUCCAACAAAAAGGCACUGGACGUGUGGCAACCGUGUUGUGGGCAAGUGCGGCCUUUUCUUUCACCGUUUGGCCACAAGAUCUAUGCACUCUUUCUAACUAUUGUUUUAUUUUAGUGACACCAAUAAACAUGUUGAUAUUACUAAACUGCCUCCCAACCGAACAACAAAAUGUAUUUCCUUCCUUUGUUUGUCAGAGUACGGUGAGCAAUUCGGUGUCAACACUGCUGCGUACCAGUGUUGAGCGGAAUUCCGUCUUCCGUGGUUUUUUCUUCUUACCGUAAAAGAGUAAUAGCCUUUCAGAAGCCAUUUACUAUCCCCGAAGAACGCGAAUUUCCACGGGCGCGCCAAAAGAUGGUGCACACAGAGAAAGAGAGAACAGUGACAUUGGGUAUAGAUAACGGCCGCCGCGGGGUGUCUGGUCAUUCAUUCGCUUGUGUCUCCACCCGGAGACGCCACCAUUCCCCCUAUUUUUCUUUCGUUUCUUCUUUCCAACGUCUCCAUCGGAUUCCACUCGAAACCCCCCCAAUCCUCCUAUUUUCUCUACUUUUUCCAAUUAUUCUACUCAAUACUGAACUUUUUGAAAAAGGUAAUAAGAAAAGUUCAUGAUGAUGAUUUGUAUCGAUCGAUUUUCAGAGACUUCAAACAAAAAGUACUGAAGCAGAUGCGGAGAUGCUCUGGAUACGCUGGCGGAUGAUGAGGCCGUCCUUUAUGACGGCCAAAUGAUCUUGGCCGGUCUCACGAUCGCGCCCCAAAGGUUAGUUUCGUCUCGUUUUCAUGACUUUUCUCUUAUGUGUGCUUCAUUUCAGAGCCGGAGAGUACCGGUUCAACGAGAAGUACUCCAUGAGAAUGAAGCUCAGGGAGUACAAGAACAUGGAGAUCACUGGGGACGAAGUGAUUGUGGAGGACAAGGGAGGCGCCUAUAUCGCCUCCCUUCUGACAGUCAUCAGGCUGCCAUCGUAAGUUUUCUUUUCUUUUUUUUUUGCUCAAAUCCAUACGAACUAUCGCUUUUCAGGCUGCUCGAUCUGACGAGGGAACGACAGCGCCGAAAAGACUUCACAAAGUCGGAGAGGAAGCAGAAGAAGGAGCUGAUCAAGAGGGAAACGGAGAAGAAAGAAAAGGAAGCGAUUGAGGAGACACGAGUCCGAUCGCCGCGCUUUCAAUGUUGA